AUGUAUCAGCUUGCAGAGGAAGAAGAAGUUCCAGUUUCUGAUUUACGAAACAUAACCUACAAGGAUGAGAUAGACUCUUUUAGAGCUCUUGCUGGCGAACAAAAUGCUGACACCCUGAAAACUUUUCUAGACCAAAUCUGUUCUGGGGUUGAAGCUGAUAUUGAACCUAUCUUACUUAACCCUAGUUCUGAUAAGGCUCAUCGCACGGCAGUGCAUAACUUUUUCAAAGAGAGAUUGAAACUCCUUGUUACUGACACAGUGGAUGGACCUGAUGCUUCAACAAAAUGCAUUCGAGUGAGACUAAAUGUUGGAAGGAAUCUGAAAGGACAGCGCUGCAAGAAGAGAAAAGAUAGAGAUGACAAACCAUAUGACAGUAGAGGUUCGGCUAAUUGGCCAGAGUCCCUUGGAAAAUUUCUUCGGUUCCAUCUGUACAAGGAGAACAAGGAAACACAGGAGGCAAUUGGGCUUAUUGGAAAAAUGCUCGGCGUUCAGCCCAGAUCCUUUGGAUUUGCUGGUACAAAAGACAAGCGCUCCGUUUCAACUCAAAGGGUAACUAUUUUUAAGCAGCGAGCAAGUAGACUAGCCUCUCUUAAUGAAAGACUAAUUGGCAUCAAAGUCGGAGACUUCUGCCACGUUGAUGAAGGGCUUACUCUUGGGCAGCUCCAAGGAAAUCAUUUUACAAUUACAUUAAGAGGAGUGGUUGCGGAAUCUGAAGAUAUUAUACGAGCAUCUGCAAAUGCUUUGGGAGAACUUGGAUUUAUCAACUAUUUUGGUUUGCAGAGAUUUGGUAGUAGUUCUGUUCCCACCCACCUUAUUGGUGCUGCUUUACUACGCGGGGAAUGGAAGAACGCUGUCAGCUUGAUCCUUGAUCCAAGAGUAGGAGAUAUCCUUUACAUGCUAUCUUUCUUACAAAGGGAUGAUAUAAAAAGAGUAAGGGAACAUUAUAAGGAGACUGGUGAUGUUGAAGGGACCCUGAGGCAACUACCACGUCAUCUAGUUGCUGAAAAGGCAAUACUUCAGUGCUUAAAAAGAAGUCCAGAGAACUACUUACAAGCUCUGAAAGCUAUACCAAGGACACUUAGAAUGAUGUACGUACAUAGUUACCAAAGCUAUAUAUGGAACCAUGCUGCUAGCAUGAGGGUGCAAAAGUAUGGAAUUGACCGUGUUGUGGCGGGAGAUCUCGUGUAUUGCAAAAAACAAACAAUAGAUAAAGAACUCGUUGAAAAUUAUUCUGAAUGUGAACUUCCGAAUGAUUCCAAUGAUCGGGAAGACGUAGAUGCUAUCUCUGAGAUCGAUCUUCCAGUAGAAAAAGAAACUUCAGUAAAGGCAAGUAUUCGGGGUCUCGUGAUCUAGUAACCGAUACUUUAGUGGUCGUUCAAGUAAAAACUGACUUGUGCUGACUGAAGAAGAAGUAGUUUCUGGAAUGUACACAAUACAUGAUGUUGUCCUUCCUUUGCCCGGGUAGGGAGGGUGUUUCAUCAUUUUGCACUUCACUACUGCUUUCAACUAAUCUGUGCUGUUUUUAAACUCAAAAUUUUGUAAUUUCAGAUCGCGGGUUAUUUAUCCAUCUAAUGAUAUUGGAGAUUGUUAUCAUAGCUUGUCGAGCAAGGUGUGUUAUGUUGUUCAUCUUUAAUUAAUGUUGGCAUUGUACUUUGGUGAUGGGUACAUGAUGUUAUUUGUCUGUUUGGAAGUACCCAACCUAAAAGCCAUUCUCUUGCAUGGUUUAAAGUCAUAAAUGAUGAACUCCAUACUUCAUUUAUAAAUUAAGUUUCCAGAACUAGCGUGAAAAGCUCGUUAGAUGCUGCACCUUCCAAAAAUGAUUAAGACUAACAAAGGUGAGGGAUACGAUGAUGAAUUUAUCUUGUUAACGUUUCCCAUAAACCGUGUAUGAGUGUCAAUCCGUGUUGUGGGUCUUGUCCAUGAGUGUCUGCUGAUGAAACUGGAACUUGGUUGAUUAUUGAUAGAUGGACAUGAGAUAACAUUUGCUAUUGUGAAAUUAAUUAAUCUUUUAUUAAGGUUAUAUCUUUCUUGUAUAUUGAUGUCAUUGAUCUCUGUUUCUUGAUCAAAUCCAUUCCUCUUAAGCUUCAAUGAUGUCUGCAUCACUCUCUCUUCAUAUGUUUUAUGUUUUUGUAUGUGUUUGUAUUGUACAUAAAAGUCAACAUACAAAAAUUUUACUGUAUUGACGCAUUCCGACACUGGUGUUAUCUCCUGAAUAGAAGAGUCCAUGUGACUCCAUUUGUCAUGUUUUCUUGUUCUCUAAUGGAAUGUUGUUGUUGCCAGGAUUCUAUCAACUUGACUGAAAGCGUGCACAAUGUCAAGUAAGUUAUAUUUUUUGUUUUAAGGUCAUGAAGUACAUUACGUCUUA